CGCGGACGUUCAAGCCGCAGCGGUGGCGUAGGCGACAAACUCGAAUGGAAAAAAUUCGAACCCUUUAAAUAGUUGACAAAGACGACACAGUUUGCGACUGCUAGUGAGAUUUCUCAGAUGUUAGAACGAUGGCGUCUGGCGAGGAGGAACUUUCUCGAACAAGAAAGGAGAAGGAACAACAACAACAACAACAGGAUGGUUGCACGGCUUACAUUGUGUUGCACAUUCAAGACGAUCAGUUGAUCAGUCAAGACGAACGUCCCACUCAGCAGCACGGGGGGAGCCCCACUUUUAAGCAGGAGAACCCACAGCACCCUCACUUUAAAGAGGAAGAGGAUGAAUCCUGGGCCACUGGGCCACAGGGAGAUUGUCGUCUUGGGAAGGAGGUGGUUUAUCUCCACAAGUUGCCACUGACUGGCGUCUCUGUGAAGACUGAAGAUCAUGAAGACAAAUCACCUGAGUCUUCACGGCUUCAUCCCGAGGCUAAAUAUGGGAACGACGCCCAAGAGCCUUUGAGCAGCGAUACAGACUGUGAAGGUGACACGAGGACUCGCACUGACAAAAAACACUCUGAAUGCGCUGAAAAGACUACGGGGGGACGUUUGGGUUGCUCAGUUUGGGUCUCUUUGAAGGGGGCAGCAUCACAAGCAGAUCAGGCGAAGGAGAAGAGUCCCAGGGGGACCUUCAAGUUAAAGGACCAGGAGGAGGAGGCCAUGGUGAUUGAGUGGGUCCAAGAAAAUCGCCUCCUGUGGGACCAGAAGGACCGGAAAUACAAGAGGAAGAAUCAGAAGCAUUGUCUCGGAUAUGAGGCCUCCCACUCUCACGCUGAUGGAGAUGACUCAGGUUCUAACGCCUCUCAGCCAACCCCUGCCAGGAAGAGAGCCAAGAAGGCCCAAUUUUGUCUCGAUGUCCAAGAGGAGCAGAUUAUGUGUAAUUUCCUUCGUGAGAACACCAUCCUCUGGGACAUCAAGAAGACUGACUACCGGAGAGUAGACAAGAAGGCAAAGCUCUGGCGGAAUCAAGCCAAAGCCAUGGAGAAGACUGUCAAGCACCUUCAAGGGUGGUUCAAAUCCCUGCGAGAUACCCACACCCGUCUUGACAAGAAAAAGAGCGGUGGCGGCGCCCCGGAACUGACAGAGAGGGAGCAGUGGGUAAAGGCAAAUUUCUGCUUCCUCAAGCCUGUGGUCCGCCAUCGCCCUGAGCCCGUCAAUAGUGUGAAGGCAACCAUUGCAGCUCACAGCGGGGACCUCGAGGCCGCCGAGGCUGCCUGUGCAGACAUCGUGGUUGAUGAUGACAGCACACCCUCCCCUGUCCCCUCCGCAUCCUCACAGGGCAAGGGCAAGCGUGGCCAAGACGAUGACCCGUUGCUGCAGUCACCCCAGAAGAGGCUGCACGAGUCUGGGGAGAUCCUCAAAGGUCUCACGCAGCCUCAGCCCAUCACAGCCACUGCAGCCUUUGCCAACUACGUGCGUGACAGCCUGGUCAGCAUGUCCCAGCGCAAGUUCCGGAAGGCACGGUCCCGCAUCAACGCCAUCCUCAGUGAACUGAUGGACGAGGAGAGUGAUUAGGAAGAACCUCCCGGAUUCACCACCUUUCCUCCUCCUGUUUCCGUGCGACCCAGUUCAGCACCAGCUACCUACACCCCCACGGCUUCGGAGAUAUACCAGCCACCUCCCCACAUGUGGAGACACAAGGCACCAGCUGCGUCAGUCUGGGGUUCGCAGACCGCUGACUACUGUAUGUGGAGCAGUACAUGCAGCAGCCACUGCUGCCACGGUACCAUCAGCAGCAACCUCAAUACCAGUGGAUGACACCUCCUCCUCAGCAUGGCUUCCAGCCGAUUCAUCACACCACGCAGCAGCCAAGUUCCGCCUCUGUAUCUUCUGCUCUUGGUUCGGUUGGCCAGGUGCUGAACUAGAGCGCCAACACUGCCCUUGACACCAGCGAUCAGAGUCUGUGUAACAUCUCUAGACUUUCAGCAAUGCUCAACUCUUCUAGUGGUGUUGAUGCUCCAAGCAACCCGUCCCGCGAGUUAGAGACGCCUCCAACAGCAGAGAAGAACUAGUGACAGUGACAGUUGUGUGCUUCAGUAUCAGCAGAGACAGUGUUUUGGGCGUUUUUUUUUUUUUUUUAAUUAAACAAGAGCUCUGAACAAAAGUUGCUUAAACUUUUCAUGUUUAUUCAUA